AUGGCCCUUGAUAUCUCUCAGAUGCUACUGAAAGAGGAACAAAUGCACAUUUUGACCCAUGGAUACGUCCAUGGCCACGUUCACCAGCACGAUGACCAUAUGCACAUUCAUGGCCACUUCCACAAUCAUGACCAUGUGAACGAUCUUGAUGUUUCAGCUCUUGAUGGAGAAUUGGCCCCAAACUCCCAGGACCAAACCUUGGGAAGUCUAGCCAUUUGCAAGGAGUUGGAGUCUCAUGACGUAUGCUCCGAUAUCUUGUGUGAUGACUUGGACGACUGUUACUUCUAUAAUUGUGAGAAAUUGGCUGACCACGAGGACGAGUGCAGCGAUCCAUGUUGCAGUCUGAACUGCGACCCAGAAUGUAAUCUGGCCUGUGAUCCAGAAUGUAACCUGCCCUGCGAGGGUUCUAGCGAUGGAGAAUGUUGCCAUGAUCCCCACUGCCUAGAAUCUGACGAUAAGGUAUGUACAGAUCCUGAAUGCUUACAGAACGACCACCAUGACAAUAGCUUGUGUGCGUUGCAGAAGUCCAAGAUGUCCAUAUUUGAGAAAUUGAUAGAGAACGUCCAGAAGAACAUCGAGGCGCUGUCGAGUGACAUCGAACAGCCUGAAGAGUCCUCAAAAAGACGCAAAUUGGACAACCUGCUUCUAAACAACUCGUCCCUCCAGAUUCAUUUCCCUCACCACUGCCACCCCCAUAAGGAAGAAACCAAUGUCUUAAUUGGUCAGACUCCCGUGCUACCGUCCAGUAGGAGAGAGAGCCAUAAUAUCCACCAGUCAUGUUUUCAUGCCAAGGUGCCAGUCAAAUCUGAGGAUCACAGGCCGGUGAGCCAGUCAGACUACGAUUUUUUCAUUCAGUUCAACAACUUCAAACGGUUUUUGGACGAGGGUUCCAGUAAGAUCUCCGAGCCCAAAGAGCACGAACUUAUUGAACAACCUAGUCUGUAUGCGUGUAAGUGGGAACGCUGUGCGAAAACAGUUGAUGAUUCCAACCUAGUGAGCCAUGUUGUGGACGACCAUCUCAAGAAUGAGUACCAGAUCGAUCAGCACAACUCAGGAACUUACCAACCGGCUUUUGAGUGUGAGUGGGAGAACUGUAACUUCGUAGAUGCUGAUUUUGGUGAGUUUUUGUCUCACUUGAACAGCCAUCGACAUGCCACCUCCACCUCCAACUUAGGAGCCUCCAACAUUGGUCGCAACUCCGAUAUUUCCAACAUCAAUAAUUUCAGCAACAACUCUGAUCCCAUUACAAGCUAUAUACCUGGAGCUCCAGCACUCCCCACCCCUGCAUCGAUAUAUCCAGCAGACUCACCAAACAAUGGGUUAAACAUCACAGCCAUGAAAAUCUGUCCCAAGGCAGCAGCGGAGAAAACUCCUCUAGAUCCGGAAUUUACCUGUCGCUGGCAGGUAGGAACCGACAUGUUGGGCCAGCCCAUUGUGUGCAAUAAAACCCACAAUAAUGAAGGAGAACUACAACACCACCUCCAGGAAGACCAUAUUGGUCUGGGGAAGCCAGUAUACGCAUGUUGUUGGGUGGGAUGCGAACGUUGUGGAGGCAAACCGUUUGUGCAAAGACAGAAGCUUUUCCGCCAUAUUCACAUCCACACACACUACAAACCUUGUGAAUGUAAGGUGUGUGGCUCUAAAUUCGCAACCCCAGCCAUGCUCAAUCAACAUAUGCGGACGCAUUCAGGUGAAAAGCCGUUCGAAUGCUCUAUUUGUGGCAAGAAAUUCACUACGAGCUCAUCAUUAUCUAUUCAUAACCGAGUGCAUUCGGGUGAACGGCCCUUGGAGUGUAAAUGGCCUGGAUGUGGAAAAAGGUUCAGUGAGAGUUCCAACUUGGCUAAGCAUAUGCGUGUGCACACAAAAACAUAUACAUGUGAGGUAUGUGGAGAGGUAUUUGAUAAGAAAACAGGUUAUACGAAGCACAAAAAGAGUCAUUUACCUCAAAAUGGCCCAAUUGGACCUGCUGACCCCACCCCUACUGGGUUUCCCAACUUUCUGGACUACAUACAAACGUAA